AUGUGGGUUAUUUGGACUGACCGAAACAAAAUUAAUCAUGGUGAAUCAAGGCAUGAUGGUUUGGUUUUAGCUAAUUAUGCUACAAACUACAUGAGAAAUUAUCAAAAGACAAAAAACCAUCCCACUGCUGUUAGUGAACCGACCGUUCCAGCACCAACUACAACUCUACCAACUGAAGGAAUUCCUUGGAAACUACGUAAUAUGUUUGGAUUGAAGUUUAAUGUCGAUGCUGCGGUUAAUCCUAUUUCUAAGGUUUUGGGAGUUGGUGCAAUCGUCAAGAACCAUAAGGGUGAAGUCAUUGUGGCUAUGUCGAAACCUGUCCAAGGUUGCUUCAUAUCAGAUGAAAUAGAGGCAAAAACUCUCUUCCAUGCACUUAAUUGGAUAUCUCAACUGGCAUUGCCGGUUACUCUUGUGGAAGCUGAUGCUCUUCGUGUCUCCAAUUUUUUAAAUCAUGAAAUUUGGGAUUUAUCUUGUUUUUCAAAUUUAAUCUUUGAUGUUCAUUGUCUUCUAUCCUCUUUCCCUAGUAUUGUUAUCUCUCAUGUUAAGAGAUCUGCUAACCAAACUGCUCAUGGGUUAGCCAAACAUGCUUUGGGGUUGGAUGUUGACACUUGUUGGAUGGGAGAAAUUCCUUAUCCUAUUUUCUCUGUUGUUGUAAAAGAUUGUGGUUUAUAA